AUGAGAGAAACCAUGCCGGUCCUAACAGCGGGUGCGGGGCUCCAUGAAACUCUGGCUCUGCUGACCUCCCAGUUACGUCCUGAUGCCAAUCACAAAGAAGACAUGGUGUUCCUUAAGGACGUCUUCAGUGAAAGAAGCCUGGGAUACCUGAUGAAGAUCCAUGAGAAGCUGAGACAGUAUGAGAGACAGAGUCCCACACCCGUCCUACACAGUGCCUCUUCUCUGGCUGAGGAUGUGACAGAGGAACUUCAGAGUGGACCAAUGAGCACUGAGGAGAAAGAACUUUUACAUCUUCUUACGUCACCACAUCUCAAGGCCGUUCUCUCAGUGCAUGACACUGUGGCCCAGAAGAACUUCGACCCUGUACUGCCUCCACUGCCGGACAACUUUGAAGAUGAGCUGGAGGAGGAGUCAGUGAAGAUUGUCAGGCUGGUGAAGAACAAGGAGCCCCUGGGGGCCACAAUAAGACGUGAUGAAGCCACCGGGGCGGUGAUUGUGGCUCGUAUCAUGAGGGGCGGUGCUGCCGACAGAAGUGGCUUGGUCCAUGUUGGUGAUGAGCUCAGGGAGGUCAACGGCAUAUCCAUAAUCCACAAGAGACCGGAUGAGAUCAGUCAGCUGCUGUCUCAGUCUCAGGGCUCCAUCACACUCAAGAUAAUCCCUGCAGUUAAAGAGGAGGAUGGUCUGAAGGAGAGUAAGGUGUAUAUGAGGGCCUUGUUUGAUUACAUUCCAUUGGAGGAUAAGGCCACACCUUGUCAAGAGGCGGGACUUCCCUUUAAACGAGGUGAUAUCCUGCAGGUUGUUACCCAGGAUGACCCCACCUGGUGGCAGGCAAAACGGGUGGGUGACAGUAACCUGCGGGCUGGACUUAUUCCCUCCAAACACUUUCAGGAGAGACGACUGGCCUACAGGAUAAAAAUGGGCACGCUCCCGAACCCCAAAUCCCCUAAAAAGCCUGUUUAUGACCAAGGAUGUGAUAAAGAGGACUGUGACUGUGAGGGCUAUUUCAAUGGACAGUACAUAGCUGGUUUGCGGAGGAGUUUCCGGUUGAGUCGUAAGGACAGGCAGGGGUCUUCUGGUGAGGGCUCAGAUACUGCUGACCCAGAGUUUUUUACCUAUGAAGAGGUGACCAGAUACCAGCAGAGGUCAAAUGAGAGACCUCGCUUGGUUGUUCUGAUUGGGUCUCUUGGAGCGCGUAUCAAUGAACUGAAGCAGAAGGUGAUAGCUGAGAACCCACACCGCUAUGCGGUGGCUGUACCACAUACUACCAGGCCUAAGAAAUCCCAUGAGAAGGAGGGUGUGGAAUAUCACUUUGUCACCAAGCAGCAAUUUGAUACGGAUGCUCUGAAUAACAAGUUCAUAGAGCAUGGCGAAUACAAGGAGAACCAAUAUGGCACUAGUAUCGAGGCUAUCCGCUCUAUACAGGCCAAGAAUAAGAUAUGCCUAGUGGAUGUACAGCCAGAGGCGCUGAAGAGGCUGCGGACAGCUGAGUUCAAACCCUAUGUCAUAUUUGUCAAGCCUCGCGUGCCCGAGAGCAGACGUCGGCGAAGUGCCGCCAUCUCGCCAGCAGGAGGAGAGCAUGGACGCAUUACAGAAGAGGACCUCGCAGAGAUGCGUCACUCAGCCAUUCAGAUUGAUCAGCAGUAUGGACACCUUGUGGACCGGGUCCUGAUUAAGGAGGACUCAGGUAGUGCCUGUGCAGAGCUGCGAGGUAUUCUCGAGCGGCUGGAGCGAGAGACCUUCUGGGUCCCUGUCAGCUGGGUGCGAACCUAA